AUGAUCCACACCAUCACAUUUAUCCUCGUUACUGCGGCUGCAGCUCAAGCCGCUUCGUCGUCGAACCCCUACAUUCCCACCGACAUCAGCUCUGGCUGCUCGUCCUUCCUCUCCUCCCUCAAUACCGACACGGAUCUCGCUUCUUGCACGACAUCGCUCAUCUCUGCAUCGUCGUCAUUUGGUCCCGGAGGAAACUACUCGAAUGGAGCCAGCAAGGCCGCGGUCAGCUCGGCUCUCAGUUCAAUUUGCUCGAGCGCAACAGCGUCAGCCUGCCCACAAAGCCUCAUCACUGGCAAACUGGCCUCUUUCUACACCUCCUGCGGCGCCGAAUUGACCUCUUCACCCAGCGCAGGGGUCAAGAUCAUCUACGACACAUUCUACAGCCUCCUCCCCCUUCUGUCAUCUGUUUGUGCCAAAGACGACAGUGGUGAUUGGUGUGUCCUGGCCAGCAAUGCAACCACCGACGCCAAGCUCGCGCCUGCCGUCAACAUCGCCUCAGUUUCCCGUCGCGCCGAAUCGGGAUCACAAACUGCCUAUAUGCCCAACGCCAAAACCAUCAACGACAACAACCUCCUAUUCCUCCUCCUCAAAGGCUCGUUGCCGAAAGCCCAGCUAUGCACGACCUGCACUCGUAAUGUCCUUACCAACUACAUUUCUUUCGAAGGAAGCACCAACUACGCCCCCGGCAUUGCCCAGAGCAGUUUGAUGUCUGGCCAGUCAGAGCUCUAUCAGGGUGUCGUUGCCACAUGUGGCGCUGACUUCUUGACGAGUGCUGUCAAAGCUGCUGGAGGACUUGGACAAGGCAGUUCGAAAGGCCAGAGCGGUGCUCUCUCUCUCCGCGCCGGUGGCCUCUUUGCUUCACUUGGUGCUUUGGGCGUUGCUGUCUUCAUGCUCUAG